AUGGCGGCAGCGGUGGGAGACCCGGAUGCCGCGUUCGCGGAGGCGCCCGAGGCCGGAGGCGAGGACACGGCGGAGGAGGAGGAGGAGGAGGAUGACCCGGAUGGUGAUCCCGGCGGCGACCCGGAUGGCGACCCCGCGGUGCCCUGCCAGCGCGGCCUGGGCGCCCAGCGUUCCACAUGCGCGGCCGGCCCCGCCCCCGGCCAGUCGACCCCGCCCACGACCGCAGGCCCCUCCCCUCACCUGAUAACCCCGCCCAUAACCGCAGGUCACGCACCCCGCCUGCUGAACCCGCCCUCGACCGCAGGCCACGCACCCCGCCUGUUAUCUCCGCCCACGGGCUUUUCUGGCCCCAUUUGCCGCCUGCUGUGCCCGCCCACAAAAGCAGGCCACGCCCACGAGCAGCUAAGAGACCACGCCCAUCGCCUGCUGUCCCUGCAACAGGCCUCAGGGCACGCCCCCCGUCUCCUGGCUCCGCCCACAACCACCAACCACGCCCCCCGCCUGCUGGUUCCACCCCCGUCCGCCCGCCACGCCUCCUCUGGCCCUGAGCGCCCCCCCUCAGGCGCAGACCACGCCCCUUCCAGCCCCGACCACGCCCACGUGAACUUCCCCCUGGUCUGUGUUGCCUCCAUCACAGAGUGUGCCCAGGCAGGAAGGCUCGAGCUGGAGAACAGCCUGGGGCAGCUGGGCCGGCGUCGCGCGGAACUGGAGGCACAACUGGCGAAGCUGACGCAGACGAGCCAUGACGUGGAGGAGAGCGCGUCGCGCCAGGAGGCCAAGCUGGUGGAGGAGUGUGAGCUGCUCGUGCGCGUCAUCCAGCAGCGCCGCCAGGCCAUCAGCACCAAGAUCCAGGAGGGCAAGGCCCUACGUCUGAGCCGUCUGGCCCAGCUCGUCUCGCAGCUCAAGCAGAGCCUUGAGCGCUCAGCGUCCCUCGCGGCCCAGGCCGAGCUCGCACUGCGUGAGACUGACCCCGCCCGCUUCCUGCAGACUGCGCGUGAGCUGGCCGAGCGUGUCUCCAUGGCCACGGCGUCCUCCCCAGUGCUGCUCCCCGCCGGCCCCACCCCUGAUGCCUUUGACUCCCUCGCCUUCGACUUCUCGCGGGAGAAGGAGCUGCUGGCGGCGCUGGACGUCCUCACGGUGCCCGCCCCGCCCCGCCUGCGCCCCGAGCUCUGCACGGCGUCCCACGACACGGUGACGCUGCAUUGGGCCUGUGACGAUGCUGCUCGCGUCGUGUCCUACGAGCUGCGCUACGGCCUCACUGACGCGGGUGCCGGGGGCCCCGCCCCUGACGCCUGGCUGCUCGUCCCCGACGUCCGUCAGACGAGCUUCACCGUCCACGGGCUGCAGGCUGGCAGCCGCUAUGCCUUCCGGGUGCGUGCACUCAACCCGGCCGGCGGGCGCGAUGGCGAGACGGCCCGGCUGCGCACGCACAGCCAGCCCUUCAAGCUUGACCCUGAGUCAGCGCACAGGAAGCUGCGCGUGUCACGUGACCAGCUGACGGUGGAGCCAGUGUCGUCAUCGUGGCGAGGCCACGCCCCCCAGUGGGCGGCUCCCGGUGUGGCUGGAAACGUCGUCCUGGACAGCGGGCGGCACUACUGGGAGGUCCUGCUGAGCGCGGGUGCCUGGUACGCAGUUGGACUCGCCUACACAUCGGCACCUCCCCAGGAAUGGGCCGGGCUCGGCGCGGCGUCGUGGGCGCUGCUGCGGCGGGCGGGCGCAUGGGUUGCGCGGCAUGCGGGGCGCGAGUGGGCACCAGAGGCCGGGUUGCGGAGGCUCGGUGUCCUCCUGGACUUCGAGGCAGGGUCGCUUGCCUUCUUUGAUGGCUCGGCCCGCCUCCACGUCUUCCGAGUCACCGCCUUUGUGCAGCCCGUCCGCCCGACCUUCGCCCUCGACGCCCGGCCGCUCAGUGUCCGCACUGGGCUCCCGGUGCCUGAGCACGCUGACCAUACCCCCUGA